GCACCUGCGUGUUUGACAUGCAGCUAGCUAUGAAAUUCGUGUCAUGUGCGACUGUGGAAAAUAACACUUUUGGGUGCUUUGUUUCUUCUGUUUUAUAAAUCGUCAAUCGUCUCGAAAAUGUUUUCGUCUACGUGGAAUUUUCUGAAACGCCACAAAAGGAAAUUUAUUUUCGCUGGAGUGUUUGUCGGAGGUGUGUACUUUCUUGGUAAAUAUGCCCAAAAGAAAAUCCAAGAGAUACAGGAGCGUGAGGCAUCAGAGUACAUCGCUCAAGCUCGACGUCAGUUCCACUUCGAGAGUAACCAGAGAACGUGCAACAUGACAGUGUUGUCAAUGCUCCCUACAUUAAGAGAAGCCAUCUUACAUCAUCUAAACUCUGAGAGCCUCACUGCACUGCUGAAGAGCAAACCAGCAAAUAAGCUUGAAAUAUGGGAGGACCUGAAGAUUAUCAGUUUCACCCGAAGUGUCGUGGCUGUGUACAGUACCUGUAUGUUGGUUGUAUUACUCCGUGUCCAGCUCAAUAUCAUUGGUGGCUACUUAUACUUGGACAACUCUGUCAGCAAGAGCGGAAUGAUGCCCUUGGCCCCUCCGGACGUGCAACAACAGUACCUCUCCAGCAUCCAGCACCUCCUUGGGGAUGGGUUGAGUGAGAUGAUAACAGUGGUGAAGAAAGCUGUGCAGAACACAUUGGGCGGGGUGUCCCUGAAGCAGAGUCUGUCCCUGCAGGAGCUGGAGCAGCACCUUAACCAGAUCAGAGUCCAGGUGGAGGAGGGGGACCGGGGCUCCACACACAGACCUCUCUCCUGGUACAUGAUGCCUGACGAGGAGAACACUCUGGCUGCACAGGCCUGUGGUCUGACAGAGAAUGAUGUCACUACGAUAAAGCUGCUCAAUGAGACCAGAGACAUGCUUGAAAGCCCGGACUUCGGCACUGUACUCAACAUCUGCCUGAACAGGGGCUUCAACCGUUUCCUUGACAACAUGGCAGAGUUUUUCCGGCCCCCACCCAGAGCACAAGGAGACUCCACCCUGAGCACUACACCUGAUAGUCUCUCGCAUGUAAGUCUCCCAGUUGCCAAAAUCAUCCCCAUUGUGAAUGGACAGAUCCACUCGAUCUGCAGUGAAAUACCAAGUCACUUUGUACAGGAUCUCCUGAUGAUUGACCAGGUGAAGGAGUUUGCUGCCAAUGUGUAUGAGACAUUCAGCACAUCCCAUGGACUGCAGAAAUAAGGGAGUUGACAUAUUCCUGGUAGACCUGGCCCUCUCUGCCUCCUCUGUAUCUCUGCAUGACGCUGCCUGCUGUGGAUAUCACGAAUGGAGGAAGAAAUGCACUUAUUCUCUGUACCAAGUCAGAAUACUUGAGGAUUGAGUCCUCAGAAAGUUACGGUUCACUGUCCUUGGUGAGAGAUGUGUUCCAUUGUGGAAUGUAAGGCCAUGAACUGCUGACAUCAAGGUCAAAUACCCACUGCAUCUUGGGAAGUUGAGUUUUUGGCUCACGGUUUAUAAAGUCAGCCAGCCAGACAGCCAGACUCCCCUGAAUCAAAGUAACUUUCCUGUGCCAUGAAAAAUAAAGAAAAUCCUGAAAGCCUUGUUCCACUUUAUAUAGACGUUGUGUCGAUACAUUAAGCAUAAGUUGAACCGCUGUCGGUUUCAAUUUGAACGGAUGUCUUCUAUUUUCUCCUUUCUAUUACUGUUGUUGAAGAGUCAACCUGUACCUAACAUUUUGACCUUUCAUCUACAAAUAUCAACAGUGUUGUCAUCUAGGCUGCAAGUUCUCAUUCCGCCUCAGUCUAAUUCCUGUUUAACAAUGUUAAGUAUUGUUUAAUACAUAAUUCUGCACUAUUGACUUUA